AAUGGUUGGAUGGAAACGUUGACAACGUGGUUGGAAAACUUGGCAAUGUGCCUACUUGGCGAUCAGCCAAAGGGGGGCAAUAAGGGGGUUUUGCUACUUAGUAACCAUGAUGCAUUUACGGCUCCACAGUCCAUAAGUAACUGCUCGGGUCCCAUUUUUAGUUUCUUUAUCUGUGUUAUUGCUUUGUAAACUAGUCCUGUACCAAAGUUGUUUUUCUGCAGUCUGUGCUGGUGUGAAGGACGAUCAAAGACAUGCAACCAAGUGCUCAUGGAAAGUCAGAGUUGGACUCUGCAACAGUUCCAGCGCUGGAGGAAACUCGAUGUGAAAAACCAUUUUCACACCAAACCGGAUCUAAUAUUAUGUCUUUUCUCAAGAGAAAUGCUUUUGUUCUUCUCACAGUUGCUGCCGUUGCAUUAGGAAUUGUCCUGGGAAUGUUUCUACGACGCAACAAAAUGUCACCCAGAGAGAUCCAAUAUUUAACUUUUCCUGGAGAGCUGCUGAUGAGAGUCCUGCAGAUGGUGGUGCUUCCUCUCAUCAUCUCCAGUCUGAUCUCAGGAAUGUCAUCAGUGAACAGGAAGUCGUACGGGAGAAUCGGCCUCAGGGCCUUUGGCUACUACCUGCUCACCACACUGUUAGCUGCGUUCACUGGCAUCGUUUUAGCUGUCACCAUCCAGCCAGGACACUCAUCCAGAAGCAUCCCAGUCACCUCUGCUGUUCAAGUGGAAGUUAUAGAGGGUCCAGAUGCAUUUUUAGAUCUAAUCAGAAACAUGUUCCCCUCAAAUCUGGUUGAAGCUUGUUUCAAAAAGUUUAAAACAGUCUAUUCCAGAGGUGCACCUACAGGGAUCAAUGGCGCCAGUGCAAAGAAUGACACAGUGGCGAUGCCAGGUUCAUCCGAUGGCGUCAACACUUUGGGUCUGUUGGUCUUCUCCGUUGCCUUUGGUUACAUUCUGGGCAGCAUGGAGGCGGAAGGAAAACCUGUGAGGGAGUUCUUUGACUGCCUGAAUAAAGCUGUUAUGAAUCUGGUCAACAUAGUCAUCUGGUAUACACCUGUGGGGAUGUUCUUCCUCGUGGCAGGACAGAUAGUGGAGAUAACAGAUGUUGGUGAAAUGGGCCGUGAAGUCGUGAUGUACAGUCUGACUGUGAUCGCUGGCCUGCUAAUCCACUGCUUCUUCACUCUGCCCCUCAUCUACUUUGCUGUUACACGGAGGAAUCCCUUCACGUUCAUGGGUGGUGUCUUACAGGCUCUUGCCACUGCCUUUGGGACUUCAUCGAGUUCUGCAACCUUGCCAGUAACCCUGAAAUGUAUGGAGGUAAAUCACAACAUGGACAAGCAAGUGACACGCUUCAUGCUGCCCACAGGUGCCACAAUGAACAUGGAUGGUGGUGCACUCUAUGAAGCAGUAGCAGCGUUAUUUGUAGCCCAGACUCAUGACAUGGACUUUAGCUUGGGUCAAAUCAUUGUCCUUAGCUUGAUUGUCACAGUUGUAAGCACAGGUGGAGCCGGCAUCCCUCAGGCUGGAAUCGUGUCCCUGCUAAUUGUCUUGUCAUCAGUGGGACUCCCCACUGAAGAUAUAUCCAUUCUUUUGAUUGUGGACUGGAUGCUGGAUCGUGUGAGGACUGCCACUAAUGUCCUUGGUGACUGCAUCGGUGUGGGUGUAGUACAGCAUCUGUCCAGACAUGAUCUCCAGAGCUCCAGACCUGCAGAGGAAGACCUCCACCUGCAGGUGUCAUGAGGCCGCUCAUGGAAACAUUUGAUAGGUUGUUGUAAAAACUCUUAUGAAAAUACUUGUUUUUCAUUGUGCUUGAGGUGAAUUUUAAUGGUUUCUACUCAUGAAGCUUAAGACAGACUUUCUCAGGAAUAUGAAGAAACUGUUGUAAAGACAAAUGUCUGAGAGGAUCAAGAUCUACAGAUGAGCAGUCAGGGAUUUAUUUUGAGUUGCCAAAUGUUUUUUUUCCAGCCUUUUCCUUUAAAAUAGAAAUGAAAUGAUAUCUUCUUAGAAAUGUCUGGUUCAGCCAUUGUGUGUGUUUUCAUAGGGAACACUCUAUCGCCCUCUGGUGGCAGAGAAUCAAACUGUUAAAUACUCAAUGAUCCUGCCUUUUAUGGAGGUAAAUAUUGUUCAGUGCACCUGGAUCUGAAACACUGGUGUGUUUAAUAAAAGAAAACGGAUUUCACCUUGAUGACUUGACACAAAAGGGCUCAAAGAUCUUCACAUACUCUGUUACUCCAACAACAUUAG